CGGUCGCCGAAGUUGUGGCGCUUCCCCCUGUCUCGUUCUCCCUGGCGGCUGCGCGCGGGGCGCAUCGAGAGGAUUCGGUCUCGCCGCCUGUCUCUGCUACUUUGAAGAGCCUGAAGCAGUCCGGCCGUGCUCGGGCUCGCCUUCUCACCUGCGCCCCCCCCCCCCCGCGCAUUCGGCUGAGCCCUGUCCGGUGUUGUUGUCAUGUGGAAUGCGAAGAUUUCCUGCUCGAUGUGGCUUUUCAUCAGGUAUCCAUAAGAAUUAUUUGACACUAUAAUGGAUUUUAAGUGGUACCAUCAAGAAAAUAGAUCUUAUAAAGUUUAUGUCUGACAAGUGGCAUAACUUACUACAAACAACAAUGACAACGUCUCAUAUGAACGGACAUGUAACGGAAGAUUCUGACAGUGAAACAAAAAAUGUGGAUCUUGCCCCUCUGGAGGAGCCUCAGAAGCACAGAGAGAUGGCUGUUGAUUGCCCCAGCGAUCUGGGCACCAGGAUGAUGCCACUACGGCGGAGUGCUCAGCUUGAACGAAUUCGACAACAGCAAGAUGACCUGAGGCGAAGACGGGAGGAAGAGGGAAAGAAACAGGAACUGGAUCUUAAUUCUUCUAUACGUCUGAAAAAGUUAGCUCAGAUUCCUCCCAAAACUGGAAUAGACAACCCUAUGUUUGAAACAGGAGAAGGAGUUAUUCUGGAGAGCCCACAUUGUGCUGUGAAAAUUCUAGAAGUUGAUGAACUGCUGUCGUCUCUUAAGCAUGUGCAGCACACCCUGGUAGACCCCCAAAGUCAAGAGGAAAUAGCUCUUAUUUUACAGCUUGUGCAAAAUGCUGACUUUCAAAAUGCUUUUAAGAUACACAAUGCUGUUACAGUCCAUAUGAACAAGACAAGUCCUCCAUACCCUCUUAUCUCCAAUGCGCAAGAGCUUGCACAAGAGGUGCAGAGUGUUCUGAAACCAAGCCACCAGAAAGACGGUCUGGAACUUAAUUCUCUAUUAAAUGCCCCUCACAUUCAGGCACUGCUUUUGGCUCAUGAUAAAGUUGCUGAGCAGGAAAUGCAACCAGAGCCAGUGACAGAUGAAAAGAUUUAUGAGAAUGUUGGUCUAUAUGGAGGUGAGACAGUUAAAAUAGUUCGCAUUGAGAAGGCUAGAGAUAUUCCAUUGGGUGCUACAGUACGCAACGAAAUGGAUUCAGUCAUCAUUAGCCGAAUAGUGAAGGGAGGUGCGGCAGAGAAGAGUGGCCUAUUGCAUGAAGGUGAUGAAGUUCUGGAAAUUAAUGGAAUUGAAAUUCGUGGAAAAGAUGUUAAUGAGGUUUUUGACUUAUUGGCGGAUAUGCAUGGUACGCUGACAUUUGUACUGAUUCCCAGUCAACAGAGCAAACCACCACCUACAAAGGAGACUGUGAUUCACGUGAAAGCUCACUUUGACUAUGAUCCAUCUGACGAUCCCUAUGUCCCUUGCAGAGAGUUAGGGCUCUCCUUUCAAAAGGGAGAUAUACUUCAUGUGAUCAGCCAAGAAGAUCCAAACUGGUGGCAGGCCUACCGAGACGGAGAUGAAGAAAAUCAGCCUUUGGCAGGCCUUAUUCCAGGAAAAAGUUUUCAGCAGCAAAGAGAAGCUAUGAAGCAAACUAUAGAGGAAGAUAAAGAGCCAGAAAAAUCAGGGAAACUUUGGUGUGCAAAGAAAAACAAAAAAAAGCGGAAGAAAGUUUUGUAUAAUGCCAAUAAAAAUGAUGAUUAUGACAACGAGGAGAUCUUGACUUAUGAGGAAAUGUCACUUUAUCACCAACCAGCAAAUAGGAAACGACCCAUUGUCCUCAUCGGUCCACAGAACUGUGGUCAAAAUGAACUGCGGCAGAGGCUAAUGAAUAAUGAAGCUGACCGAUUUGCUUCUGCAGUUCCUCACACUACACGAAAUAGGAGAGACAAUGAAAUAGCUGGCAGAGAUUACCAUUUUGUAUCACGACAAGUAUUUGAGGCUGACAUAGCGGCAGGAAAGUUUAUUGAGCAUGGCGAGUUUGAGAAGAAUCUGUACGGUACCAGCAUAGACUCUGUCCGACAAGUGAUCAAUUCUGGAAAGAUUUGUCUCUUAAUUCUUCAUACACAGUCACUGAAGAGUCUACGAAAUUCAGACUUGAAACCAUAUAUUAUCUUCAUUGCACCACCUUCACAAGAGCGACUUCGUGCAUUACUGGCCAAAGAGGGCAAAAAUCCAAAGCCAGAAGAACUGAGAGAUAUCAUAGAGAAGACUAGAGAGAUGGAACAAAAUAAUGGCCAUUAUUUUGAUACAGCAAUUGUGAAUUCUGAUAUUGAUAAAGCUUAUCAAGAAUUACUCCGUUUAAUUAACAAACUUGAUACAGAACCUCAGUGGGUUCCAUCCUCCUGGCUACGGUGAAGCAGAUCAAUUCCAAGAGAGAGAGAGAGAUACGGACUCUGCCAAUAGAAGACUGCUCCUCCGAGAAAUUAGAUGACAGAUUAAGCUGUAGCUCUGUGUGCACUGAGGAUCAGUGUACUAAUUUUAAAAAGAUCAUGCAGUCUGACACCAUGUUGCUGUGAAUUAGACUGUCUGGGUUUUCCCUACGUUUUUAUCAGACAUGGACAUUCUGAACAAGCCACUACAUUUUAAUUAUUUGAAUAGCCUUUCAAGCAGCUGCUUUAAAUCUACUUUUUUCUCUAGCAUCCAGUUCUUAAAGCAAGUGUAUGUAUGCAACCCCUGAUCAUUAUAAAUACUGGUUAUUUAACACUGUUAACUUAAUGAUCUUGUGGACAUGAUUGUAGUUUCAAAAAUACUUUUAUAGAAUCUUGGACAAAGAAACUAAUCUAUAAGGGGAAUGGAGGACUUAACCUGAAAGUUCUCUGAACUUUAUAAAGGGGACAGUUUGAUCUGGAGCUGCCUCUUAGCCUUGAACUUGUUUUUUGUGGUGAAACAUUCCAUUAGCUAAUAGCACUACAGUUUUUGAGAAUGUGUACAAUGUAAAUAUUUCAAACUUUUUUGUCUUUAGUUACUUUGUAAAUCAGAUUGACAGCCUGUUAAAUAACCCUAAAUCCCAUGGAAGGUGAAUUAUAUAUAUAAGUUGAUAUUUUAGAUGUGAUAUUUUUAUGGAAUUUGUUCUUCUCUUGGCUACAUCACUUGAUUGGAAGCCACUGUUAUCCAAUGGACCUGUAGAAGAAUUUAGAAGGGAAGCUAUAUUUUUAUGAAUCUAGGCAUUGUUAUAUGGAUUUUUGUAAAGGUUUUGCUUCCUUAAAGUGUAAAAUUGACUUUUCUAAUCACAAACACAGACUAUGGGAUGGUGAAUAUUAGAGUAUUUUCUUGUAUUUUUAUACCUAGGCACAAAACAUCUCAUGGCUGUUGGCCAUGUGGUCAUGUAACUGGAGUUAAUAGAAAGUAACCAAAUUAUUGCCCUGGAGUAGUAAAAUAAUGAGAACAUUAUUAAAUUAGGAACUUGGCAUGUGCUGUUUUCUAGAACCAUCAUACUCCAUGUGCAAUGGAAAAUAUUCAUGGAAGUUCAAAUAUUACAGCUGUUCCAUCUAUGAAGCUUCUCCAACUGUAGCUGCCUUUUGAAAUUGACUGGUUUUGUUGCUUCUUUGUUGGUGGCAUCCUUGAAUGUGAAUAUUAAUAGUUUUGCUUUGUUCUUAAUCAUAGCUUUUAUUUUUAUAUACUGUCAUACACUGGAAUUGCUUCAACGUCUAGUUGAAUGUUAUAGUGAAGAAUCGCCUGUCUUUCCAUGUACUUUUAUAUUUUUUUCUAAAAGAUCUAACAGAAAAAAAUCCAGGCAGGUGUCAUACUUUUUGUGUUCAUAUUUGAACAUAGUAUAUACAUUGGCAUAUGGAGAGUGUGGGGAAAGUUACUUAAGAACUGAAAUUCUUUAGUAUUAUGAUCUAUCACCCACCAUGGGGAAAAAAGAAAUUUGGAAGUCUGCAUCUGCUCCCCAUCUAUGCAGAGUAUAUACAAAUGGUCUUAAAAUGUAGCACAUUUAUCAAGAUAUUAUAAAAUCAUGUGCCUCCAUCCAAUAAAGCCUAUGGAUAGGAAAUAGAAAUAUGGAAAACAAUGUAUCCUUAUUGAACCUAACAAAUAAUACUUCAUCUGAAAUGAUUGAUUUUGCCUACAAUGCAAGGUGCAAAUAUGAAUGCUAUGAUGGUCCUUUGGUUUGAUGUAAUAGCAAUCAUCAAAAUUCAGACUCUGGAUGUAGUGCUUCCCAUCUCUAUGGGGAACAUGGAUGGGUAGUGGGAUAACAUAGUCCCUUCCCUUCUUAGCUACGCAUCUUCCACCACUCUACUUGACUAUGGUUUGUUAUGUUCAUUAUGGUUAAGCUUGGACCCAAGCAUUUGAAACUAGCAUGUGAUGCUGUUUAUGAAACUUAGGUUACAAGUUGCUCUGGAAAGUACUAAUAGUGAUUAUGUUUUGUGCAGAUAUGAGUCAUGGUUAAGGGUGAUAAAAUUUGCACCCAAGAAGGAAGAAAGUUGGAGAACAAAUACACAGUGCUAUAGCCUGUUCCCGUUUCUUCAGCCAUGGCUAAAUUAUGGAAAGGAUUAUGUCAGCACCAUCACUCUGUGGAUUAUCCUAUUUGAUAUCUUCUACAAGUGGUAUGGUGCUGAGGCUUUUGAGAUCUAAAAUAGAAUUAUAUUUAUAGCCAAGUGAAAGAAACCUAAAUCUAAGUGAAUUUGAUUAACACAAUCCAUCAUGAAAGCCAAGGGAGUAGAUGAAAUACCCAAAAUUGACCGGCCAUAGCAGUAUGUUAAAAAGUGGAGUGAGGUGAGGCCAUUUGCUUCUCCCAUCUUCAUUUUGAAUUUCUGAAAUAAUUGAGAACUAGAGUAGUUAAUCUUUUGGAUGAAGAAAGUACUAAACAUGCCACUUCUCUGGGUGCUUCUACUGCCUCUAUUUAUGCAGUAAGAAUGAGGGUUUAAAAUCACACUUAGCUUUGGUUAACGAAUGCAUUAUUGGUAAGCAGUAGGAAUCCCAAAGAAGUCUUAAGUCUUUUAAAGAACAACUAAUAAUGUUACUUGAAAUCAAAUGUGUCAGCUGCUCUUCUCCUGAAGCAUAUAUAUUGGGAAAGGAUUAACCACAAUCUUAACCUGCAGAGUAGUGGGCAUUACAUUUGGAUGAGGGGGGUCAAUAUAUUAGGUUUUCCAAAUUUUAUAAAGAGCUUUGCCAUUACUAAAUGGGAGCUGGUGUGUUGCAUUUUGCUAACCUAGCUAAAUGGCAGGGGGAAUAACCAAGUGAAGAUACCCCAGUUAAUAAAGCAUGAAUGCACUCACUCUUGACAAAUGAUAGCAAGGAUUUAACUCUGUAAUUCUGAAGAUAUCCCAAUUUUUACUGGCUGGAUAAAAGGUUUGCAAAGCAUCCUGUAGUAGUAUGGUGACCUGUGCCAGAAUUGGUCCAAGCUAUUGGUUGAAAUCUAUGUUGUUAUCCUGGUUGCUGCUGACUUCCAUCUAACUUCAUUCUGGGUCAAAUCUGUUCUACCAGCAAUGUCCCUACUUCUGAAAAAUUGGAUACAGCCCUUUUUCACAGGUGGUACUAGAGCAUUUCCUAAAAUCAUAGUGUACUGGAUGGAGACAACUGAAUGGGAACAAAAGCCAGCUCACCAUUGUUCUAGCCUGCAGGUUUCUUGCCAUUCACUACAAUCUAUGCAAUCUUAAUCAUAGUAAACAAAGUCAAUGAAAGCAUUUAUAGAGCUGGGCUUCUUCACAGAUUAACAAACUAAAUGUUGCUUUGGGGCAGUAUCAAAGGUCUAUAGUGUACUUUAUCCGGGGAAAUUUCCCCCAGCAUUGCAUUGCCUCAGCUUUCCAUGUUAUACAGAGUUGGCCAUGUAAUUUAGUUCCAGUGGCAACUGCAUGAUGAGAUUUUGUGAGAAAUGGGUCUAAGGUUAAUAUAAAACCCGUCUUGCUUUUUACAUUUCAGCAUAAUUUAAACCUGACCUAAUAUUUCAGGCACAAUUUGUAACAUCAUGACGAUUAAGGUACUUGACUGAAAAAUGAAACUUGAAUAUUGCAUGUGCUUAAUUGUGGAAGUUUUUCACUAUUCUUUGGGAGAAAAAUAAGAGUAUCUUGCACCAUUAUUAUUUGCUUACAAAAAAUAAAGUUCACUACUUACUCAUA